AUGACCGGCCUCGCCCUGCACGCGCGCCCUGAUGGGCCCGAGAAGGUCACGAUCCAGUUUACCGCCGUUGGCGGCGCUCCCAUCAUGAAGCGCAGCAAGUUUACGGUCAACGGCGCCGAUCCGCUGGGCGUCGUCUACUCGUUCCUCCGCAAGCAGCUGCGCCUCCACGACGAAGACGCGCUUUUUGUCUAUUGCAAUGCAUCGUUUGCGCCAACGCCAGAUCAAAAGCUCAGCGAAUUGCACGAGUGCUUUCACGUCAAUGGAAUGCUUGUUCUCAACUACAGCCGAACGCAGGCAUGGGGCUAA